AUGACUGCUCUCCGGAACCCGAAGGGAACAACCACUGCAUCGAGAAGGGGGAUGGAAAAAAUUAUCUACGACUUCUACUCUGAUCUCUUCGACAGCCAUGUCCACUUGCCUCCUCACCAUCUGAGGGAAGAUGGACAAGUCAUUCCAGAGGUUCUCCCGUCCGAAAUACGACAUGCUAUUAUGUCGGUAAGAAAUCGUACGGCACCCUGUCCCGACAGAAUAAGACCAGAACAUCUGAAGAGCCUUCCGCCAGUACUCAUCAACACCCUGGCGAGGCGCUUUACACAUUAUCUGUCGGAAUGCAAGGUUCCUAAACAGUGGAACAGCAAGACCGUGUUGUUGUAUAAAAAGGGAGAUCCACAUGACAUCGGCAACUCUCGUCCAAUCUGCCUACUGUCCGUCAUCUACAAGCUCUUUACAAGAGUGAUCCUUAAUAGGAUUGAAAAAGUCCAGGAUGAAGGACAGCCAUGGGAGCAAGCAGGGUUUCGAAAAGGAUUCAGCACGAUUGACCACAUUCACACUGUUUCGAAACUCAUCGAGGUAUCACGAGAGUACAAGAUGCCGCUCUGUCUCACCUUCAUCGAAUUGAAGAAGGCCUUCGACUCAGUUGAGACGGAAGCGGUCGUGGAAGCCUUGGACAACCAAGGCGUCCCCACUCAGUACAUAAAGGUACUUCGAGAGUCGUACAGUAACUUCACGACCGGAAUUUCGCCAUUCUACAAGAACAUAAUCAUUGACGUGAAGAAGGGGUUCCGACAGGACGACAUGGGAGUGAAGGUUGAUGUUCGGCCUGACCUCCGAGCUGGAAAAAUGAAACGAGCGGCUUGGGGAGCAUUCAAGAGCAUCGAGGAUGUAGUAAAGAAAACCAGGAACACCGUGCUCACCUCUUUAACAACACCGUACUUCCUGCUUUGA